CUUCAAAUUCUUGCAGAACAUGCCAAGAAACUACGCUGACAUCAUCGGCCGUAACGCUGAUCGUCUCAUCAAAAAAUAUGAACACAUUCCAACAAUCAUUUCCGCAGUUACCCUUGUCAUUGGAAUCUUUGUAUGUGCUAUUCCGGUCAUCGUGGAUCACAUGAAGAGAGCAAACGUUUAGAAGACCAAAAAGGACCGAAAAUUAUGUAUUCUGUACAUUUUAAUAAUGAAUAUCACAUUACAAGUCAUAUGAGUUGUCUAUUUGAUAACAACUAUCAUAAUAAAUAAUCUUUGUUUAUA